AUGGACAUUACCAUCCAGCACCCCUGGUUCAAGCGUGCUCUGGGACCCCUCAUUCCAAGCCGUUUGUUCGACCAGUUUUUUGGAGAGGGUCUCCUUGAGUAUGACCUCCUGCCUUUGUUCUCGUCCACUAUCAGCCCCUACUACAGGCAGUCCCUCUUCCGCAGCGUGCUGGAGUCGGGCAUUUCAGAGGUGAGGUCUGAUCGGGACAAGUUCACAAUCAUGCUGGAUGUAAAACACUUCUCUCCCGAAGACUUGAGCGUGAAGAUUAUUGAUGACUUUGUGGAAAUCCAUGGCAAGCACAGUGAAAGGCAGGUAAGUGAAGUGAUGGUGAUGGUGGAGAAGCUGGGGAGUCCAGCUCUCUUUUCCUCCUUUCCAAUGGUUCUCAGCUGAAGAAAAAAAAACAGAAUAUAUCAGAAGAAGGAGUUAAUUAUGAAUUGUCUUUAUUGGCAUGGCCUGUUCCUAUAGAGCCCCCACCUGAUUUCUGACAAUAACAAGCUAAU